GAUUUGCUUUGGUUUCGUUGGAUGGUUUGCGCUCGAGGGGAGGGACUGGUGGUCUGCGGCUCGAGGUUUGGGUUCUCUUGUCUGUGAGCAUCUAUUCACCGGAAAGACAUAGAGAAGAGAAAGAAACCCUUCUUCGCUAUUGAUCUUCCAGCUCUCCUCUUGAUCUGUGCCCAUUAGACGCCACUUCAGUUAUAUCAGACGCUCCAGAGCUCGAAUUCCCGGACGCACUUGCAACCAUCUCCUGAAUUUCUCUCCAAUCUGCACAAUUUAGACGAGCAUGGAUUUGGAUCGGAAUGUGAGUUGUUUCUGAAAAAAUUCAAGUGUUGUGUCGUUCAGAGCCUGGAGCCUGAACCCAAAUACACGGGGUUGUGAUAUUUGGGAACGUUUCUUUGUUGUACUGAAUUCGGAAGGUUGGGUGCUUCCCAACGGUUCAAAAGUCAUGUUCUAUGGUGCGCUGGUGUGGGAUCCAUUGCUCAUUGUCGCCCAAAUCAUUUGCUUUCAGUGCUUAUACUAUCUAACACUCGGACUGUUUAUGGAAAUUCUCGUCGGGACUCGUGUAUCGCGGAUCAGUCUUGUGUAUUUCUUUGAUUAUGUUACUAUUACUGCUUCCACGGUCACUGGGUGGUGUGUCAUUGCGGCAUUUCUACUUAGCUCGCUUGCUGGGGCUGUUUAUAUGCUUUAUUUGAUUGAGAGGGCAAAGAAGUGCUUAGAUUUUUCAGCCACCCUAUAUAUCAUCCACCUCUUUAUAUGUAUCCUAUAUGGAGGUUGGCCUUCAUCAAUAACAUGGUGGGUUGUGAAUGGCACUGGAGUUGCUGUGAUGGCAUUGUUAGGUGAAUACUUGUGCAUAAGACGUGAUCUCCGCGAAAUACCCAUAACAAGAUACCGCUCAAAUUUUUGACUGACCAGCAAAACAGAAGAGGCAAGACCAAUGGGCAAGAACAAAUUUCUUUGCCGGCUUGUACUAGUUGCUCUUGCUUUCCUUUGGAGGAGCUCAAGCUCAUCGGGUACCAGAUCAGGUAUUUGUGAGAGUGUACCAGAUUCCAUAGAAUGUAUGUUUGCUCCCAGAUGCAAUGGCAGUCCAUAACUGUCUAUAACUGCUCGCAAAUAGCAUCAACGAAGUAGAUUAGGUACUUGAUACUCAUUUCCCAAGACCUGGUGUAAGACUUGGAUAGCUUUGAUAGAGAUGAUGCUUUAGCUGGCAGGCUGAUCAAUUGUUUCCCACAACUAUUUUGGAUAUGUUCUAUAUUAUGAUUUGUCUAUGAAAUUAUUUUGAUCCGAUUGAGAUACGCUCUUCGAGAUUAGAAGUUUUAUUGAUCCAAUAUUUUGCA